GUUCUUUCGGAGGAAGACGCUGCAGGGGAUCUCCGUGACAGCCACUCCUUGGAACUCCCCGCAGUUCUUGAGUUGUUGGUCCGACCUUUUUGCGAGCAGAGACGCUACGAAGAGCUCAAAUCUGCUGCCGAGUAUAACCGGAUAGAUCUUGAGUUUCUCUUGAGGGAGCCACAAGAUCCGGACAUGGUGGACGACACGGGCUGGUCCUGGUCCGCACUUCAUGGAGCCUGCCACUGGAACUCGGUGGCGAGUGUGGAGCUCUUGAUCGAAGCUGGAAGUGAUCUUAACAUGGCUUCAAGGUUCUCUCCCCUAGGUCUUCCUGAUACUGGAGCUACGCCAUUGAUCAUCGCUGUGGACAGGGGUCACCACAGAAUUGCCCAACUGUUGCUUGAGGCGUCUGCGAACGCAGAUGCAAGAACUGCCAGAGGCCUGACAGCUUUGUCUCUCCUUGCAGGUAAGGGGCCCUCGGAGGCUAAAGUGCGUACCGUGCAGCUGCUGAUCCAAGCCAGGGCAAGUGUCCUUGCGCAUGAGGGUGUUCAAAGAACACCCUUGCAUGCAGCCGUGCAGUCUGGCGACGUCGCCGUAGUAGAAGCGCUGCUUGAGGCCCGCUCAGCCGUAAAUGCCUUGAGUCCUGAGGGCUUAAAGCCCUUGCAGAUAGCCUUCUCUCGGGGUGAUAUUGAUUGCGACUUGCUGGGCUUGCUUCUGCGACGCGGUGCUGAUGUGACGGAGGUUGUCAGGGACGGUGGAUUGCAUCUGACAGCCACACGCGCGCAUGUUGGUGCCAUGGAGCUGUUGCUUGAGGUAAGAGCCGAUGUGAACAGACGUGACAGUUCUGGAAACACAGCAUUGGCCGUGGUCAGGCAACACAUGAACGGCUUAGAAGGCAAGGUUUCCGCCAUGAAAUCUGAAAUCGAGCGGUUCAGGGCAGCUCAGGAGGUCUUGUUGAAAGCUUCUAGAAACACCGCGGAUGGGGAGAGAGAUGGCGAGACCGACCACCCUUGA